CUCAAACUGAACUGGCAUUGUAACCCACGUUUGAUGUUGAAAAUAGCACGGAGGAAGCCAUGGAAGUGAAGGAACGCCGACCCUACCGCUCGCUCACUGCCCGGCAGGACACGGAGCGCCGCUACACCAGCUCCUCAGCAGACAGUGAGGAUGGAAAACCCAACACCAAAUCCUACAGCUCCAGCGAAACACUCAAGGCCUUCGAUCACGACUCGAGGAUGGCUUACGGGAGCCGCGUUAAAGAAAUGGUUCAUCACGAAGUGGACGAGUUCAGCCGGCAAGGAACAGACUUCUCCCUUCGAGACCUCGGCUUUGGAGAGGCCCUCCCGUCGCAUGUAGCCACGUACAGGACUGACCUUGGGCUGCAACACCGCGACUACUCGGUCAGCGUGGGCUCAGACGCCGACACGGAGACUGACGGCAUCAUGUCGCCCGAGCACGCCGUCAGACUUUGGGGUCGUAGCAACACCAAGUCCGGCCGCAGCUCAUGCCUCUCCAGCCGGGCCAACUCCAACCUAACUCUCACCGACACUGAGCACGAGAACACAGAAAAUGAGGUAGAGGACCUCAUCAAGGAUCUAGCAGCAAAAUUCUAA